GAGGUCUCUCGGUGAACCGACGCACGGUGGCGCCAGAGGCCGCACGAGGACAUUCCGCCAUGGCCACGAAGAAGAACACGACUCCUUCCGAUUGAAUCACUGUUGACGGAAACGAAGAAAAAGAAGAAGACCGAGCGCUAACUCACGUGGACACACGUCACCGUGAACACGUAAUACACAUGUGGCGGCUGCCCCCCCCGUUCAUCAGCUGUAUGCACUGUGUGUCCGGCCGGGUCGUGUGGGGAGGUCCUGGCCGGGUCCCUGCGCUGCUCAGGCCGCUUCCAGCCGGACUGACGUGCGUUUUUGCAUCCGGCAAAAAGGACCUGACGAACUUCCCCGUCCUGAACGAGGACGAGCUCGAAGAGCAGUUCGUGAGGGGAUCUGGACCUGGUGGACAAGCCACCAACAAGACCAGCAACUGCGUGGUGCUCAAGCACAUCCCGAGUGGCACCGUUGUGAAGUGCCAUCAAACCAGAUCGGUGGAUACAAAUCGAAAACGUGCUCGAGAAAUCAUGCGAGAGAAACUUGAUGUUGUUUAUAAAGGGGAACUCAGUGAAGUUCUUGUGAAGAAGAAAGCGUCUGAGCUGAGGAAACAGGACAAGAGGAGGAAGGCAAAUGAGAACUUAGAGAGAAAAAGACUAUUUAGAGAGGCUCUGGCUGCAGACCCCAAACCUGGAAAUGGCACUGCUUAGAGAAUAUAUAAUGAACACAUCAAUACUUGAGAGGUUCUAUAUGUUUUCAUGCCUACACUGACUGGGUAACUAAACAAAAAAAGGGUUCAUUAUCAAUUGUUGUAUAUCUAAUAAUCCUUGUAUUGUAGUACAAUGAGUUAAAGACAAGUGGAGAAUAACAUUUAUGGUUCCUCUUACAUUUGUUGAGAAGUUCUCCAGAAUAAAACAUUCAUUGUGAUA